UUGCUAGAGAAGAUGGAACAUGAUGACAUUUGUAAUAAAACUCUGAAGAUUACAGACUUUGGUCUGGCUAGAGAGUGGCACAGAACAACCAAAAUGAGUGCAGCAGGGACUUAUGCGUGGAUGGCUCCAGAAGUGAUCAAGUCCUCCAUGUUUUCUAAAGGAAGUGAUAUUUGGAGUUAUGGAGUGUUGCUGUGGGAACUGCUUACAGGAGAAGUUCCUUACCGUGGCAUUGAUGGCCUUGCUGUGGCUUAUGGAGUUGCUGUCAAUAAGCUUACUCUGCCCAUUCCAUCUACCUGCCCUGAACCAUUUGCAAAACUAAUGAAAGAAUGCUGGGAGCAGGACCCUCAUAUCCGACCAUCGUUUGCCUUAAUUCUUGAACAGCUUACUGCCAUUGAAGGGGCAGUUAUGACUGAAAUGCCUCAAGAGUCCUUCCAUUCCAUGCAAGAUGACUGGAAAUUGGAAAUUCAGCAGAUAUUCAAUGAAUUGAGGACCAAGGAAAAGGAGCUUCGAUCACGAGAAGAGGAGUUGACAAGAGCAGCUCUUCAGCAGAAAUCUCAAGAAGAGUUACUUAAGCGCCGUGAGCAACAGUUAGCAGAACGUGAGAUUGAUGUACUGGAGCGUGAGCUGAAUAUCAUGAUUUUCCAGUUAAACCAAGAGAAACCCAAUGUAAAGAAGAGGAAGGGCAAAUUUAAAAGAAGCAGGUUAAAACUCAAAGAUGGACACAGAAUUAGUUUGCCUUCAGACUUUCAGCACAAAAUAACAGUGCAGGCAUCCCCCAAUCUAGAUAAGAGGAGGAGUUUAAACAGUAACAGCUCUAGUCCAUCAAGUAGCCCCACAAUAAUUCCUCGUCUUCGAGCUAUACAGUUAACUUCAGAUGAAAGCAACAGAACUUGGGGAAGGAGCACAACUUAUCACCAAGAAGAGUUUGAAGAUGUGAAGAGAAGUUUUAAAAAGAGAGGUUGUACAUGGGGACCAAGUUCAGUUCAAAUAAAGGAUCGUGCAGAUUGUAAGGACAAAGUGAGACCUCUUUCAGAUGGCAGCAACCCUUGGUCAACGCUUCUCAUGAAAAAUCAGAAGGGUGUUCCCUUAGCGUCGUUAUUUGUGGACCAAGGUGUCUGUACUGAUAAGAAACUACUCCCUGAAGGUUUGGACAGUAAAAGACCAAAGCCAGUUAAGCUGCCAAAUCAGGCCUAUAUUAAUCUACCUCUUUGGAAAGAUGAUCAGGGAGAGAAUACAGUAGAACAUGAGAGCUUUGAAGAAGGAACCUCUGCUAGUUCUACAAAUAGUACUCCUCAAAUGACACCAACAAACAGUCUGAGCAGGACACUGCAGAAAAAGAAGACUGAUUCAGUGCUUUAUGGGUGUGCUGUCCUGCUUGCAUCUGUUGCCCUGGGCUUAGAUAUCAGAGAGCUGAACAAAUCGCAGGGUUCAGAUGAGCUCUUGCCUAAAGAUGAGAAGAAGAAACGUGAUGGAAUAUUUCAGCGUGCUUCAAAAUUUCGCAGGAGUACCAGCCCUACAAGACUGCAGUCGAAAAAAGAGGAAACAAGUAUUCCAUCCCUAAAUCCAGCUGCAAAUGCUGUGAAUCUUCUCUCUAUGCCCUCCAUUUCCACAAAAUGCCUACUUCAAUCUGACAGCGAAGAUGCAUUUGUAAGCUCUGUCCUUGGUGAUUGUGGUCCAUGUAGUUCCACUGAUCACUUUUCAUCUAAAAGUAAGAGAGAACUGAGCAUACAGCUGGCUCCAAAUACAGUUUCUACACGAUUGAAAAAUCAGCCUUUUAAUAUUUGUCUGAAACAAGAAUCUCAAAACGUGCCAAAUGACUCCUCAACAAAGUUAAGUGUGUUGGGUCACAGACGAACCUUAUCAGAUGGGAACAAUUUUCAGACCACAGCUAAUGGAUUUUCUUCAACCAAUGAUGUCUCCACGUUACCAGUUUUAUCAGUUACUGGAACUCUACACUCUCCGUCUGUUCAGCAAAGAAGCAACCACAGUGGUAUUUCAACUGAAAAGCAAAGUGCUGUCAAUAUUAUAUCAAGGCCUCGACCUUCUUCUCUAAGAAGUAAAAUUGAUGCAUGGCAGAUUAUUCCACGUACUAUUAAGCCAAACUCUAAGGACUCUGACUAUGUAGAGGGCAACGUGGAUCCAGAUGUUAACUUCUUGCCAGACACAGCGGAAAGAACUAAUUGCCACAUGCCCUCAUUACUUGAUAUUGAUGUGGAAGGUCAAAACAGAGACUGUACUGUGCCUUUAUGUAGAAUGAAGAGCAAAACUUGUCGGCCAUCUAUAUAUGAACUGGAGAGAGAGUUUCUCUCAUGAGUGCCUUUCAUUUUAAAAAUGUUUUGCUUUCUAAAGGGGAACAAAUAUAAAAUUCUGGUCC